AUGGGCUCUUCCCCCGUCCCUGGAACAUAUCUUCGAGAAAAUGAAACCUCAGAAUCUCCCCUCAAGGUGACAAUACCAGCAUCUAAUGACGAAACUCCACUCCGAAGGUCUCCACGAAGGAAAAAUUUCGACAAAUCCUAUAUUAUAGAUUCUAAAGGAGGUGGAUUUCUGUCUCGUUCUGUGGCAGACCAAAAACACAGUAUAAGUACUAGACAAAAAACAACUACAACAGAACAGACAGUGGUAGAUCAGAUGCUACCAACACAAGAACAGAAUGAAGUGCAAUCAUUGAAAGCUCUGAAUUCACCACACUUACAAACAGUCAAAUCAAAUUCCCCAGACACCCAAGCAACGGAAGUCAAAGAAUCAAAUUCCUCAUGCUUACAAAUACCCAAAGGCACAAAUUCCAAAGGAGAUCAAUCAGCGCAAAGAUGCAAGGGAAAACAGAAGGCGGACUCAGUUCAUGAUGUUUCUCUGCUUCUUGCAGAUUUUUUCGGUGCUGAUCCUAUGAAGAGCAGUCAGGCCCUCCGCUCCCUGGUAAAUAUAAAAGACGACUACAAUGUGGAUAUUUACAUGUUGACAAUGACUCUUAUAACAUUGAACAACAGAGCCAAAACACUACAAAAUCAUAUCGAUGAUGUCAACUUAUGGAUGGAUACGCAAGAUACAAUAACUGAAUUCAAUAAGCUAGUGCAGGAGCAGGGCCACGACUACACUCUUUCUAUUGAAGAUUUCCAGCACACUUAUGGCCUUACAAUGCCUGAUAGCUGCGGACAAUUUUUUUCUGGACAUUCUCCACCCAGUACACCUAGCCGCAACUCCAUUUAUCAUGAUUCUCCUGAAUAUUUUGAUCACCAGGUGCCAACAGUCAAUAAAGACGUUGUCGCAUGGAGAAGGAAAGGGGAAAGUGACCAGGUAUUUGUUAUCUACGAAUGUGAUGGAAAGAAGACAGGACGGCUGGAGCAAGGACAAAAUUACAACUACAACAAAAAUGUCAUACCAGAGAUCACCACCAUCAGAGGAAGAAGAAGACAUCCACGCCAGUCAGACAUGAGGCAAGUAGGUGUUGUAGCGCGAGCCACCGAUGAUUCUCAUGAUGACUACUGUGUACAAAUCCAAAUCGACUAUCCUGGUUACGCUUACAUUAAGUAUGUAUCCUCGAUUGACCUCGACCAGUACAUAAGAAAAAGCCAAAGCACACUCGACGUGGCAAUUCACAAACUGUUCAUCCGACAGGAAAAUAUCUUUGAAGAGGCUGCACAAGCACCACCUGACCAACAUCAGUCACUAAAUCAACAAUUUCUCCCUACUUCCGAUUCUCUUCGGGCCUUAGAUUGGCCAAAUAUCGCCCAGCCUGAAACCAAAUUCAAUGUGAUGGAUCUACCUCAACAUCAAACAGAUACUACUCUCCCAGUGCAGCAGUUCCCUUCUAACUGGGGAAGGGGAAUGCUAAAAUCCUCGCACAAUGAUAAAACUCAACAAGAUGCAACUACAACAAGGGUAAUGCACCGUGUGAUGGACAAGCGGAACCCAUUAUCAGGUACCUCAGCAAAAGUUCAAGUGAAGAGGGAAGAAGAGAUAGAUGGUUAA